GGGGAAAUCCUGUUCCAGGUUUUCGGGCAGCCCAUGUGAUUGACACAUGAUAUCACGGGAGGCGUGUCCCGGAGCGGAGGUGGAGGUGGAGGCCAGUUGCUGAAAUUGUGCGGAGCUGGAGUGGGAGCGCUCUGCGAGGCAGGCGGCGGUGUGCAGAGGGAGAGCAGAGAGCGCCCUGCCCCGGAGAAGGCACAGCUACGGCCGCUGUAAAUGUGCCUGAAAAGCAAUUUCCAACCUUUGCGUUAGCAGGCACCGCGGCCGAGGAACCGGAGCGUCGGAGGACCGGGAGCGAGCGCUGGCCUGCGAGGCUGACCUGCCAGGACCCGAGCGCCCGGGACGCGGCGCCCCACUUGCGCAGAGCGAGGAUCGGGACAGCGCCUGGACCUGCGCGGGGCCGGACGACGCCCCGCCUCCUCUCCCGAGAGCCCCCCAACCUCGCUCCCUUCACCGCCCCCCUUAAAGAGCGGGUAAAAGGCCCGCUCCCACCCCCGGGGAGCGGCGGCCUCGGCCUCGCGGGCGUGCGCUCCUGGGUCCCGCUGUAGACGCCGGUUCGAAACUCGUCCCGGGCCGCGGAGGCUCGGACGUCCGGGACGCAGAUCUUCGCCCGUCGCCACCACUGCCUUUAGCGGGAGGAGCGAUCGGCACCGAGAAGCCCUCUAGUCCGCGCGCGGCGCGCACAGUCCUCGCCGCCGCUCCCCAGCCGCUCCAGAGGGACUCAGAGCCCCCGAAGGGAGUGCGCUCCGGUUCUUGGACGGGCUGCCGGAGAAGAGCCCAGAGGUGGAUGCUGCUGAGCCGCGCGGCCAAGGCGAGCUGUGAGCGGUCCGCGCCGGAGCCGUGAGCUCCGCGGCCGGAAGGGGGCCGCGGGGAGCGCUGCAGCCCGGCGGCGGUGCGGGCCAUGCCCCCUCGCCCGCCCCGCCGCGCUUGAUGCGGCGCCGGCCCGCCGCCCGCACCGGGACCUGGGCCCCCCGCCACCGCCGCGGCCUAGGGUUUCAGAUGCUUGCCAGGUUCCCGCUGAUUGCCAGCGUCCAAGGCCACCACACAUGGAUCCCCCAAACCAGCAGGGCAGUGGCAGCUCGUUGAUUGUGACCCAGCAGCCCGCCCUGGCCAGCCGGCCGAGACUGGACUGCGACAGAGAGAUUCCGCCUGCUGCUAUUUUGUCCCUGGACCAGAUCAAGGCCAUCAGAGGCAGCAAUGAAUACACGGAAGGGCCGUCGGUGGUGAAAAGACCUGCUCCUCGAGCGGCUCCCAGACAAGAAAAGCAGGAGAGGACUCAUGAAAUCAUACCAAUCAAUGUGAACAACAACUACGAGCAGAGGCCAGCAGGCCACGCGGGGCACACAGGCCUCUCCCAUCUCGCCCGAGGCCCUGUUCUGAGCAGAUCGACCAGCACUGGGAGCGCCGCCAGCUCUGGGAGCAACAGCAGCGCGUCUUCGGAGCAGGGCCUGCUGGGAAGGUCCCCACCAGCCAGACCUGUUCCUGCUCAUCGCUCUGAAAGGGCAGUGCGGACCCAGCCCAAGCAGCUGCUUGUGGACGACCUGAAGGGCUCCUUGAAAGAGGACCUGGCCCAGCACAAGUUCAUCUGCGAGCGGUGCGGGAAGUGCAAGUGCGGCGAGUGCACGGCUCCCCGGGCCCUGCCGUCCUGCCUGGCCUGUGACCGGCAGUGCCUCUGCUCCGCGGAGAGCAUGGUGGAGUACGGCACCUGCAUGUGCCUGGUCAAGGGCAUCUUCUACCACUGCUCCAACGACGACGAGGGCGACUCCUACUCGGACAGCCCUUGCUCCUGCUCGCAGGCCCACUGUUGCCCCCGGUACCUGUGCAUGGGGGCCCUGUCCCUGUUCCUGCCCUGCCUGCUCUGCUACCCGCCUGCCAAGGCGGGCCUGAAGCUGUGCAGGGGCUGCUACGACUGGGCCCGCCGCCCGGGGUGCAGGUGCAAGAACUCCAACACUGUCUACUGUAAGCCGGAGAGCUGCUCCUCCCGGGCGCGGGGCAAGCCCUCCUGAUGCCGGAGGCGGCGGGCCUCCCGGGCACCCGACUUCCAGGGCGUGGCCGUUGGAGGAGAUGCUGUUAGACACUAGCUUCCCUUUCUUCGCCCCGGUUGCGUUUCCUGCCUUCUCUGCCCCUGCUCCCGAGGCGCGGCUGGUGGGGGCCGCCCGCCCUCCUCGGACAGUCCGUGAGAGGGGACUAGGGGGUGGCACCGGGCUCCCCCCGGGAUAGGAGUCUCUGCCGCGCCCUCCGGAGCCUGUCAGGAGUCCCUGGCUGGGUCUCAUGGAGCCUUUUGGUUCUGCCAACGACUUGCCCCAGUCGUCCACACCCACGUCCCACACGUGCCCAGGCGUCAGAGAUUGAGAGCUCUUUUUCAUGGGGCUGCUCUGGGAGCAGGCAGAUCGGCUUUUAAAGAAGUAGCCGUUUCAUUGCUUAAAUAAGCUAUGUAUUCAGUCUCUCCAGGUAGGGCUGUCUUCCUAGUGUUGGGCCCUUAAGUAGCACGGGGGCUAUAUUUUUGUUAUAACAUACAAAUUUCCCUUUAACCACUGCCUUCUCGCCCCUCAGAGUUCCCGCCUCUUAGUUUCGGCAUUAUCUUCUACAGAUGCCAGGUAUUAUUAUUAUUGUUGUUGUUGUUGUUGUUGUUACAGUUUUGUACGUCAUGUUAGAGCCGCUCCACAAUGUAAAUCUUCACAUUGGAGAUAUAUUGUGUCUUGCUGAUCCUUAUUCUAGCUUUCAUGUUUGUGAAGGACUCAGCUGCCUUCCUUCCACAGCGCACACUUUUCAAUUCACCAAACUUCUCUUGUUGUUGCGGGCACCUGGGUUCCUGAAGUUCCUGUUUGUGGCGACCAGUCCGCAGGUGUCAGAGAAGCCGGCCGCCUGCAGCCGUCUGGCCCCUCCGCGGGCCCUGGGCCCUGGGCCCUGGUUAGCCAACAGCUGAGUGCGCCUAACCCCUUCUGUGUUUUCAUGGCCUUAACCACAAAUUGUGGUGCUUUUUGUAUAUUUUAUGUAUAAAUCACAAAGUUGAAUUCUGACUAUUUUUAAGACAAAAGUCUGUUAAACUUUUUUAUUGUAAAGAAUAUUUAUUAUGCGAAUCUCUAUUAUUUUAUGAUAUUUAUUUCAAAAGACUGUUGAAAUGUACUCAUGUCUGAAUAUAACAAAAUAUCAAUACAUAACGGAAAAUAAGGCGGCACGAAGAAAGUGCCUAUGUCAACUGCAACGCAGAAAUAUAUUAAUUAAUGACA